UUCAGAAAUACUAUUUAUAUUCGUAAUUGUUAAUUUCAACCUUUUCAACAUCAAUGUAUCUAUUCUUUAAAGAAAACUCACAAAAAAUCAGAAGUUGAACUACAAUAACCAAAUUUAAUAGUUUAGGUAAUAGUAGGGGCAAUAUGAUACAUAUUCUUAUAGGUUCACUAGCAGAAGCAGAAAGUUAUAACCCUAUGUAAAUUUAAAUCAUUGUUCGAGAUUCGGACCCGAAUAUUUUUCGGUCUACAGUAGAACAAUAGCGAGAAGAGUAGAAGCUGGGGUAAGGCUGAGAAAGUCCGUUCGGAAUUAAUAUUUAUUCAAUCCAGUAAGGAAUUAUAAAUAAGUCAGCAACCGCAAGUCAAUUGCAUUAUAAAGUGGAAGUUUAGGUUAGUUAUUAAUUACACAAAACAUGGCUACCUUUUCUAAAAUCAAUUUCAAGACUUUGAAUUACAAUUCAUUUCGUCCUCAUUAUCCUACUUCAUUCUAUAAGAUUUUAACUGAAUAUGCUACUAAGGGUGAUUUGUCUAAGCUUCCACUUGAAAAAUCUAUUGAUUUAGGUUGUGGUACUGGAGUUGCAACUUAUCCAUUGUUGAACACUUCUAAAGAAGUAUUUGGACUCGAUUUAUCACUACUGAUGAUCAAGACUGCUGACUCGUUGAUUGAAUCAAGAUGUAAAGAAUUAGGCAUCGAAGAUUUAUCAAGAAUCAAAUUUAGGGCUGGUGCUGUUGAAGAUUUUCUUUAUACAGAAGAUAAGAGUACUAGAGAAAUUGAAGAUGGUUCUGUUGAUCUAAUUACAGCAGCACAAUGUAUUCAUUGGUUUAAAGAUUAUGAUGCUUUCUUUAAGAAUUCUCAUCAAUUAUUAAAAAAGGGUGGUACUUUGAGUUACUUCUUCUAUAUUGAUCCAGUCAUAGUUGAUUUUAGAGUUGAAAAUGGCACUAGUUUGUCCAAGGAAGAAAAGAUAAAGAUAUUGAGAAGAAGUAAACAAUUAUACUACGAUUUCGUUUAUAAUGAUCCAGCUUCAUGGGGUCCUCAUUGGGAAAACCCUGGUAGAAAUAUUCUAAAAGAUUAUUGUCAAGAGGUUAAUCAAAGUAUUCCUACUGAUUUAUAUGAGGAUAUCAAGAUCAAUACUUUUCUACCAGACUUUGAAACUGGUAAUACCCUUCCAGAUGAUUCCAAAGAACUUGAUCUCAAGAAGAUGGAUAUCCCCUUGAAUGGAUUUGUUAAUUAUCUUACUACCUACAGUGCCUAUCACUCAUUCAAAGAAGCCACGGGGGAUCCAAAUAAUUCCUUAGAGGUAUUUGUUAAAAAAUUAGAAUCGGAAUUUGGCUGGGAUAGAAAUUCCACUAAAGUAGAUCUUGUGUGGAAUACCGGUUACACAUUUUUAACUAAAAAAUAGACGUUUUACAUAUUAUAUAAAUAAAUAAAAUAACUUAUAUAUCUCUUCACAUCAUUUUGAUGACAUGCAUGUGCGAUCUUUCCAGUUUUUGGCUUGCUUCACUUAAAUUAGCAAAAAUUAGUGAUAACAUAAUACACCCUAUUACAAUAUAAAUCUAGAGAUUGCAUUUGUUCAACAAGCUCAACUAUUUAAGUCAUGAUGUUAAUUAGAUUUGCCACAUUAUUUACUAUUUAUUGUACAGAGUAACCUAGACACUGAAAAAAAAGAUAAGUAUCAUUAUAAAGUAUAGGAUUUGUCUGUUUAGAGCCUAU